AUGGGUGGGAGAACUCUUCUUGUCCUCACCUUUUCUCUUACUGUUCUUAGCAUUGAGCUUGGGAUUUCUCAUGGCUGCCGAGAGACGGAGAGGAAAGCCCUCAUCGACUUCAAGCGUGGACUUCAUGAUCCUUCCAAUCGUCUCUCUUCCUGGGUCGGCGAGGACUGUUGUGCAUGGGAAGGAGUUGGCUGCAGCAACAUCUCUGGUCAUGUUAUCAAGCUGGAUCUUCGAAAUAAACGUCGGACGGAUCUAACUAAGGACUGCACUCAUCAGGAGGUGUACUACUUUUUGGAUUAUUAUCCAAGAUCCGAAUUGUUGGAUGAUGAUCCAGGAUGCAAUUGGGCAGUGCGUGGUGACAUAACUCCCUCACUGCGUUCUCUCCAACAACUUAGUCACCUGGACUUCAGCGGCAACUAUUUUACACAUAAACCUAUCCCCAAGUUCUUGGGAGCUUUCAGAAGACUAACAUAUCUUAACCUCUCAGGUGCAGGUUUCGUGGGUAGAGUACCUGACCAGCUCGGAAAUCUAUCCACUUUGCAGCACCUCGACCUUUCUUAUAACUGCUAUGGGGAUGAUGAAGGUGAUGACUUCUUCUGCUUGUACCUUGAGAACACGAGAUGGAUCUCUAUGCUCACUUCCCUUCGGCAUCUUAACAUGACUCGUGUCCGUUUUACAAAUGCGGCCAACUGGUUCCAAGAUUUGAAUGCACUACCACAUAUACAAGAGAUUGAAUUAAGUUCUUGUGACUUAUGGACCUUUCCCCGUUCGCCGUCUCAUGUCAACUUCACAUCUCUCACCACUCUUGAUUUACGAUACAAUGAUAUAAACUCCACCGUACCAGAUUGGGUGUUCAAUAUUACUAGCCUCGAGUUCCUUUGUCUUGGUGGGAAUGAAAUAUACGGAUUCUUUCCUGAUUCUGUUACGAAGUUGACAUCUCUCAGGGCACUCGACUUGUCUGGGAGUGUGUUCCAAGAUGGCUUCAUGCGAUUAGCUCCUAUAUCCAACCUCUGCAAGCUCCAAAUUCUCGAUCUAAGCUAUGUGCCUAUUAACGAUGUGCUUGCCAAUUUAAAAAUGGUUUUCUCUGGAUGUCUUAGGAAUAGCAUGGAGGAAUUGUACCUCGGAGGCACCCAACUGAGUGGUUCCUUUCCGGAUUGGCUAGGGAACAUCAAGAAUCUUAAAUCUCUUGAUCUUUCUUUCAACUCCCUCUAUGGAUCAGUGCCUGCAUCUAUCGGGAAUCUAUCAUUGCUGCAACAUUUAGUUUUAUAUUCUAAUGAUUUGAAUGGGACGAUUUCGGAAGGCAUCGGACAACUGAAGAGCCUUAUCUAUUUGGAUCUCAGUCGUAACUCGUUGAGCUUAUCGGAGGUCCAAUUGGCUAAUCUAUCAAGUUUAAGGUAUUUGGUCAUUUCGAACAACUACGACUCGAGAAAAAGUGGUGAUUGGAUCCUGCCAUUUUCAGUUUCAAGAGUAGGAGUAAUAGACAUGAUUCUCGAUGGGCUUCCUUCUAGUCUCGAGCAUUUGGAUCUUUCUUACAACUCUCUCAAUGGAUCAUUGCCCACAUCUCUUGGAAACCUCUCUAUGCUACAAUCUUUGAUUUUACGUUUCAAUUAUCUGAAUGGGACGUUUCCGGAAGGCAUCAAACGGUUGAAGGGCCUCGUCCAAUUGGAUCUUUACAGUAACUCUUUGAGAUUGUCGGAGGACGAUCUUGCUAAUCUAUCAAGAUCCAACAAUUUGAAUGGGAUGCUUCCGGAAGGCAUCAAAUGGUUGAAGGGCCUUACAGAUUUGGAUCUCUACAAUAACUCGUUGAGCUUAUCGGAGGUCCAAUUGGCUAAUCUAUCAAGUUUGAAAUAUUUGGACAUUUCAUACAACUCUAUAUACUUGAACAAAAGCGAUGACUGGAUCCCUCCCUUUCAACUUAACACCCUUCGCUUGGGAUUCUGUCAAAUAUUGCCCAGGCCCCAUUUUCCGAAAUGGCUCCGAACACAAACCACUCUUGGUGAAUUAGAUUUAUCAAAUACAGUGGAUCUCUCGAAUAAUCAUCUUUCGGGAAUAAUACCAAACAGCUUUGGCAAUUUUAGUGCGUUGAAAGGCUCUCCUUCAAAGGAUUUGUACUUUCAUAAUAUUUACUAUGAGGAUUACAUGUGGCUCUUCACAAAAGGAAGUGAACUCGAAUACAACAGCAUGCUACUUUCAAUCAAUACAGUUAUUGAUCUCUCCAACAAUGGUUUGUCCGGGUGCAUCCCUAGAGAGUUGGGAAAUUUGCAUGGUCUGCGGAGCUUAAAUCUAUCUGGGAAUUACCUAACAGGGGAGAUACCAAGCAACAUUGACGGAAUGCAACUACUAGAAAUUCUUGACCUCUCAAGAAACAAUCUCUCAGGUAUAAUUCCUUCGACCUUGGCAAAUUUAAAUUUCUUGAAUGAUUUGAACUUGUCAUAUAAUAAUCUCUCGGGUAAAAUCCCCACUGGAAGCCAAUUGCAAACUUUAACCGAUCCAUCUAUCUAUGCUGGCAAUCCAAAUCUUUGUGGCCUUCCUCUCCCCAAAAAUUGUACGGUGAAUAUAACGAAGACUGAUGGAGAAGGGCAAAAUGAAGAUUCUUCUGAGAGCAGAAUGGAAACACUUUGGUUAUACACAAGCAUCACCCUAGGAUUUAUUACCGGAUUUUGGGCGAUUUGUGGAAGCCUUUUGUUACGACGGACAUGGAGGAUCACGUACUUCCGUGCCAUUGAUAACAUGUUUGACAAGCUAUACGUGGUGAUGGUAGUGACCGUGGCAAAAUACAAAAGGAAGCUUUGA